CUGAUGGACCGCAAUGACGACCAUAGAGAUAUAAAUCUCUCCCAGUAAUAUAUAUAUACCCACGCUCAGAAACCCUAACCAUUUAUCUUCUCAUUGUUCUCCCAAAUCGCCGCAGCUUCUCAGGUAGGGUAUUUUUUUCUGUAAUCGUCGGAGAAGAUGAGUAAAGGAAGCAGUGGAGCCACCAAGGGUGGGAAGAAGAAGGGAGCCACUUUCGUGAUCGAUUGCACAAAGCCUGUUGAGGAUAACAUUAUGGAAAUCGCCUCCUUGGAGAAGUUUCUGCAGGAGCGCAUCAAGGUUGGUGGAAAGGCUGGAGCUCUUGGUGACUCUGUGACCGUCACUCGUGACAAAACCAAAAUCACCGUUACCUCCGAGAGCACCUUCUCCAAGAGGUAUUUGAAAUACUUGACUAAGAAGUAUCUAAAGAAGAACAGUGUCCGUGAUUGGCUCAGAGUUAUUUCCUCAGACAAGGACCGUAAUGUUUAUGAGUUGAGGUACUUCAACAUUGCUGACAAUGAGGCUGAGGAGGAAGAAUAAGAUGCUGGAAUUGGUCAAUCUUGAUAUUUCAUCCUUUGUUGAACAUUAGUUUUGUAGUUCUUCAUUAUCUGGAAUUGUUUGCCUUAUGAGACCGUUAUUUACAAUUUUGUCGGUGAAAUUAGAACUUUGCACUUUGCACUUAAAUGGAGAAUGUGAUUAGCUA